AUGGGAGCAGAGGAAGAGCGUAGAAAGGAGUGGAGGUGAGUGAGAGAGGGAUGAAGGACAGUAGUUAUAGAGGAGUGAUCAGUGGACAGAGAACAUUCAUUACACAACACACACACACGCGCACACACGCACACACAAACACACACAAACACACCUGUGUUUGUGAGGCUGCCCUUGAGUUGUUGUGUUUGUGUUGUUGUAGUUAGUGCUUGUAUGUUAGGGCUCGUGUAAUUGCCUGUUGGUAUGUGAUUGUCCCAUAGUGGUGGGUUUGUAUUGCCAAGUGCCCAUGCAGAAUUUGUUUCUAUUUGUCCCCUCAAUCAUUGAGAGUGACUUUGAUCCUGCAAGGGUGUUUGAAUGUGUGAUGCUGUGUGUGUGUGUUUGUGUAGUGUGUGUGUUCUUUGUGUUUGUGCUGUCCUUUGUGAUUGUGGUGUACUGUGGCAGGUGAGUAAUCCAAUCCAUCUGUCACUGUAGGCUUUGACACAGUCUGUUACGGCAUGCUAUGUGUGUAUGUGUGUGUGUGUGUGUGUGUGUGUGUGUGUGUGUGUGUGUGUGUGUGUGUGUGUGUGUGUGUGUGUGUGUGUGUGUGUGUGUGCGUGCGUGCUUGUCCAUGCGUGUGUAUUCUGCUAUAUAAAGCCCAAUGAACUCUGUGCAGCCGGUGAUGUGGUGUUUUAAAGCUGUGUGUGUUAUACCUCCACUGGGUUAGCUCUAGUGAAUAGCUCAAAGCACAAAGCUGUCCCUGAGUGUAUUGCUGCAGAUACUCUCUUCUCCUACAAUUUAUGUUCACACAGAUCUAAGCGUAUUUGUGUUUAUGCGGCAUAAGAGUGUGAGUGUUGCAUAUGUUUAGUUUAUGAUGUGUGUGCUGCAUAGGGUACGUGUACCUAUACGUUUGAGUGUGUGUGUGUGAGUGGCGUGCAUGUGUGUAAGAGUCUAUAGCCAUUCAUGUGCAUGUUCACUGUUCCCUUUUGCCCACACCAAUUUACCUCCUUCAGUACUCUGGGUUCUAAGACAGAGGCCCAGUCACGCACUGAUGGAAAGUAAACACAUUGAGGUAGACGCACAGAUAUAAGUAGACAGAUAGAAGAGAGCAGCAAGGUUGCUCAAGAUCCACUGCGAAACUCGACGUCUGUCCUGGUACCCAGGACGUCGGGAGAUUACUUCAAAACCGGCCACUAGGGGCAACGGUGAGCUAUUACCAUCAAGUAGGCUCCCAGCUUCGAGGGUUGCGUGUUCAAUCCUGGUUCUAGGCACUUGUUUUAACCCUAUUCCAACCCUUAACCCUUAAUUUAACCUCUGGCUCCGAGGGCCACGUCUUCAAUCCCAGCAUUAGGCAAACACUUUUUUGUUUUUGUUUUAACCCUUCCCCAAACCUUAACCCUUAACUUAACCAUUCAGAAUUAAUGCCUAAACUUAACCUUUAAAAUGUUAAGUUUAUAGACAAACGUCGGAUUCUGCAGUGAGACUGUGAGAGCUUAUUGAUGAAAGAAGAGGUAGAAACAGACAGACAGAUAGAUAACACAGAGGGAGGAGAGGAAUAGAGACAGACAGAGAGAUAGCACAGAGAGAGGAGAGGAGCGAAUGGUUUAAUGAAAUAUAAAGGGAGCUAGAGAGACUAUGAUGGUUAAUCUAUAGGUUAUGACAAAUAUAUGUAUUUAGACUGAGGAGUAUCUCUGGAGAGGAGAGAGGAAAGAGAGAGUUAGAGAGACAGAACGGGGGAGGGUGACAGAUGGGGUGAGAGACAAAAGGAGGUGAGAGAAAGAUAGAGGAGGGAGAAAAGCAAAGAAAUGGUGAGAGGAAAAUAUAUAUAGCGAGAGAGAGAGAGAGAGAGAGAGAGAGAGAGAGAGAGAGAAAGAGAGAGAGAGAGAGAGAGAGAGAGAGAGAGAGAGAGGGAGUGUUGGUGUGUGUUGGUGUUCAUCUAUGCGUGCAUGCGUGUGUGUGCGUGCGUGUGUUUGUGUGUGUGUGUUCAUGUUUGUGCGUGCAUUCGUGCGUGCGUGCAAAUGUAUGCGUGUGUGUGUUAUCAGGCCAGUGACAGAGUGAGAGACUACAGAGACCCAGACAUCCUGAUUACCAGACAGACAGAAAGGAAGGAAGGAUGAGAAUGAGAAAAGAGAGAUACAGUGGGCUAAUGAUAUAUGGAUGGAAGAGAGAGAGGGCAUGGAGGGUCAGGUUGAUGGAGAGAUGAGAGAGGAGGUAUAGACUGAGGGUUAAUUGAUAGAGUGAUGGGAGAGAGAGAGACAGUGAGUGAUGGGGAAGAGAGAGACAGUGAGUGAUGGGGAAGAGAGAGACAGUGAGUGAUAGGGAAGAGAGAGAUGAGAUAGAGGAAUGAAAUGUGGAGAAUAUUUAGAGGAAAAAGGGGACACAGAUAAAGGAGGGAGUAACUGGAGAUAAUGAGAGGAGGGUGAGGAGGAGGGAGGAAAUUGGGGGGUGAUAAGAAGAGGAGAACAGAGGAAGAAGAAGUAUAGAAAAAUAAGAAAAGAUCAGUCUGAAUAGAGACAAGAGUAUUGAAUACGUGCUACACUUCACUACCCCUCCAGUUGUGUGUGUGUGUUUCUCCUGUUAACCCCAAAGUUAAAGAAUCACAAAGAUACAAGUACACUGAACAAAAAUAUAAACUCAACAUGUGAAGUGUUUUUCCCAUGUUUCGUGAGCUGAAAUAAAAUAUCUCAGAAAUGUGUCAUAUGCACAAAACGCUUAUUUCUCUAAAAUGUGCACAAAUUUGUUUACAUCCCUGUAAGUGAGCAUUGCUCCUUGGCCAAGAUAAUCCAUCCACCUGACAGGUGUGGUAUAUCAAGAAGUUGAUUAAACAGCAUGAUCAUUACACAGGUGUGCCUUGUGCUGUUGACAAUAAAUAAAUGUGUAGUUUUGUCACACAACACAAUGCCACAGAUAUCUCAAGUUUUGAGGGAGCGUGCAAUUGGCAUGCUGACUGCAGGAAUGUCCACCAGAGCUGUGGCCAGAGAAUUGAAUGUUCAUUCAAAAAUUAGAGAAUUUGGCAGGAGGUCCAACCUGCCUCACAACCGCAGACCACGUGUAUGACGUCGUGUGGACGAGUGGAUUGCUGAUGUCAACAUUGUGAACCGAGUGCCCCAUGGUGGCGCUGGGGUUAUCGAAUGGGCAGGCAUCCGCUACAGACAACGAACACAAUGGCAUUUUAUCGAUGGCAAUUUGAAUGCACAGAGAUACCGUGACAAGAUCCUGAGGCCCAUUGUCAUGCCAUUCAUCAGCCGCCAUCACCUCAUGUUUCAUCAUGAUAAUGCACAGCCCCAUGUCGCAAGGAUCUGUACACAAUUCCUGGAAGCUGAAAAGGUCCCAGUUCUUCCAUGGCCUGCAUACUCGUCAGACAUGUCACCCAUUGAGCAUGUUUGGGAUGCUCUGAAUUUUUGAAGGUAUCUGUGACCAAGAGAUGCAUAUCUGUAUUCCCAGUCAUGUGAAAUCUAUAGAUUAGGGCCUAAUUAAUUUAUUUCAAUUGACUGAUUUCCUUAUAUGAACUAUAUUUUUGUUCAGUGUAGAUCCCAAGGUUAACUUAGAAGACAAAGCAUAAACAAAGAGAUGCUUACUGUAACUCAGUAAAAUCUUUGAAAUUGCUGCAUGUUGCGUUUAUAUUUUUCUAAAGUAUACAUGUAAUCCUCUCCCCCCACUUAUUUUCCUUGUCCCACUUCUGAAUCCCUAAUCCACACACACAAACACACACACACACACACACCCGCCAGGUCGUUUAAGAGGCUAAAUUUGACGUCCAUCCAGGCAGCCAGGACGUCGGGAGAUUAUUUAAAAACUGGCCACUAGGGGGCAAUGGUGAGCACUAUAACAAUUAUGUAGGCUUGCGGUUUGCUAGGGUGUUGUGGACAGGGAUGGUGGGUGGGCGUAAGACACAAGCUCCUGUUCCAAGGGUCGUGUGUUCAAUCCCAGUGCUAAGCACUCGUUGUUGUUUUUUUACCCUAUCCCAAACCUUAACCCUAACUUAACAUUUCUGAAUUAAUGCCUAAACUUAACCGUCUAGUUGUUUCUGUUGUGAACCUAUCCCAAACCUUAACUUAACAUUUCUGAAUUAAUGGCUUAACUAAACCAUUGAGUUGUUUCUGUUGUAAUCAUAUCCCAAACCUUAACCCUUAACUUAACCUUUCUGAAUUAAUGGCUAAACUUAACCAUCGAGUUGUUUCUGUUGUAACCCUAUCCCUACAUCAAAGGAGCUCUCACCAGAGACCUAUACACUACAGUGUCCUGUUCUGUUAGUGGUCGAGAGCAAGGUUUGAUUACUGUGCAGUAACGCAUCCCUCACACACACACACAUAUGCACACACACACUCUCCCACCCACCCACACACACACUCUCCAGCCGCCAAUUGGAGGGUAAAACAUUCGGCUCACCUUGAAAUGACAAGGGACUCGAUUCACUGGAUCUUUCAGCUCACUGUAACCACAACAUGGACACACACAGUGUCACACACUCACUGUCAAACACAAACACACACACUUUGUCUGAUCAUUACUGUCCUGACACAGUGUCUCAGUGACUUGACACAUGUUAAAAACUUUUUUUGUUAGAUGCCUACAGGGCAUUGUGUUAAAAAUGUAUCAGAAGCUCCUAAAUCAUUUGAAGCUGAGGCAAUGUUUUUACCAUUAUGGCUAUGUACUUCACACUUUCUAUUUAUCACUCUCGCUGUGUGUGUGUGUGUGUCUAAUAGUGUGGUGACAGAUGCUUUAAAUGAAGCCCCCCCCCCCCCACCCCACCCCCACCCCCGCUCUCUCUUUUCAGUCUGGCCUCUCUCUCAACUGUUCUCUUCACAUUUCUACACACACACAUACUCUCUCAGAUCUCUCACAUAUCAUCAGUUAUUCUUCCCCUCCCUGAAAACGCUCCCUUCAUCCUUCUAUCCUCUGCCAUACUUUAUAGUCCUCCCUCUAUCCUCCACUGUGCUUUGUUCCCCUACCGUUCUCCUCAGUCCAUCUCCUCUUUUGCUUCAGUACCUCCUUCUCCUGCGUCUCCUUACUCAUUCCCUGCACAGGAUGACUCAAUCUACACCACAGGAUGUGUCUCAGUAAAGAGCAAACAGGUCUGCACAGUGUGUGUGUGUGUGUGUGUGUGUGUGUGUGUGUGUGUGUGUGUGUGUGUGUUAGAGAGAAAGAUAUAAAUAAAACACUAGAGAAGCCGACCUUAUCCUCAAAGCUUACUCAUAUAUAUAUAUAUAUAUAUAUAUAUAUAUAUAUAUAUAUAUAUAUAUAUAUAUAAGGUUAUAUAAGAUAAGAUAAGGUUGGCUUCUCUAGUGUUAUAUUAUAUAUACAGCUGUGGAAAAAAUUAAGAGACCACUGCAAAUUUUUCUUAAAUCAGCAUCUCUACAUGUAUGACAGCCAUUCCAUUCCAGUGUCUGUUGAAUUCCAACACAGGCACACAUCAUUCUACUGAAUUAGGUACUGAUUAGGUGAUCACAUGAACCACAUCUUAUUUAACGAGGAAAAGUAUAAAAACCACUGCUGUGGUCAUCACUAUCCUCUUGCAAUAGGACCAGCUGGAUGGCAAAAACAGUGCUAAUAGUACCUCAAAGUAAUAUUAAUCAAAAAAUAACUAUUGAACUUGCCAAAAGAGUUGAAAAGGAAAGUUUUGAGUGAGGAAAAGAAGGGUAAAUUCUGGCUUUACUGGCAGAGGGAUACAGUGAGCGUCAGGUUGCUUCCAUCCUUAAAAUUUCAAAGACGGUGGUUCAUAAGAACAAGGUCAAGCAGCAGACAUUGGAGACAACAAAGCUACAGACCGGCAGAGGGCGAAAACGACUCUCUACUGACCGGGAUGACCGCCAACUAAUUCGAAUGUCACUCAACAACCGUAGGAUGACAUCAAGUGACCUACAAAAAGAAUGGCAAACAGCAGCUGGUGUGAAGUGCACGGCGAGGACGGUUCGAAACAGGCUCAUAGGGACAGGGCUGAAGUCGUGCAAAGCUAGAAAAAAGCCCUUCAUCAAUGAGAAGCAAAGAAGAGCCAGGCUGAGUUGUAAAAGACCAUAAGGAUUGGACCGUAGAGGACUGGAGUAAGGUCAUCUUCUCUGAUGAGUCCAAUUUUCAGCUUUGCCCAACACCUGGUCGUCUAAUGGUUAGACGGAGACCUGGAGUGGCCUACAAGCCACAGUGUCUCGCACCCACUGUGGAAUUUGGUGGAGGAUCGGUGAUGAUCUGGGGGUGCUUCAGCAAGGCUGGAAUCGGGCAGAUUUGUCUUCGUGAAGGACGCAUGAAUCAAGCCACGUACAAGGUUGUCCUGGAAGAAAACUUGCUUCCUUUUGCUCUGACAUUGUUCCCCAACUCUGAGGAUUGGUUUUUCCAGCAGGACAAUGCGCCAUGCCACACAGCCAGGUCAAUCAAGGUGUGGAUGGAGGACCACCAGAUCAAGACCCUGUCAUGGCCAGCCCAAUCUCCAGACCUGAAUCCUAUUGAAAACUUCUGGAAUGUGAUCAAGAGGAAGAUGGAUGGUCACAAGCCAUCAAACAAAGCCGAGCUGCUUGAAUUUUUGCACCAGGAGUGGCAUAAAUUCACGCAACAUCAAUGUGAAAGACUGGUGGAGAGCAUGCCAAGACGCAUGAAAGCUGUGAUUGAAAAUCAGGGUUAUUCCACCAAAUAUUGAUUUCUGAACUCUUCCUAAGUUAAAACAUUAAUAUUGUGUUGUUUAAAAAUGAACAUGAACUUAUUUUCUUUGCAUUAUUCGAGGUCUGACAACACUGCAUAUUUUUUGUUAUUUUGACCAGUUGUCAUUUUAUGCAAAUAAGUGCUCUAAAUGACAAUAUUUUUGGGGGGAAUUUGGGAGAAAUGUUGUCAGUAGUUUAUAGAAUAAAACUAAAAUGUUAUUUUUACCCAAACACAUACCUAUAAAUAGUACAACCAGAGAAUCUGAUAAUUUUGCAGUGGUCUCUUAAUUUUUUUCGCACCUGUAUAUAUAUAUAUAUAUAUAUAUAUAGUAUCUCACAAAAGUGAGUACACCCCUCACAUUUUUGUAAAUAUUUGAGUAUAUCUUUUCAUGUGACAACACUGAAGAAAUGACACUGCUACAAUGUAAAGUAGUGAGUGUACAGCUUGUAUGACAGUGUAAAGUUGCUGUCCCCUCAAAAUAACUCAACACACAGCCAUUCAUGUCUAUACCGCUGGCAACAAAAGUGAGUACACCCCUAAGUGAAAAUGUCCAAAUUGGGCCCAAUUUGUCAUUUUCCCUCCCCGGUGUCAUGUGACUCGUUAGUGUUACAAGGUCUCAGGUGUGAAUGGGGAGCAGGUGUGUUAAAUUUGGUGUCAUCGCUCUCACACUCCCUCAUACUGGUCACUGGAAGUUCAACAUGGCACCUCAUGGCAAAGAUCUCUCUGAGGAUCUGAAAAAAUGAAUUGUUGCUCUACAUAAAGAUGGCCUGGGCUAUAAGAAGAUUGCCAAGACCCUGAAACUGAGCUACAGCACGGUGGCCAACACCAUACAGCGGUUUAACAGGACAGGUUCCACUCAGAACAGGCCUCGCCAUGGUCGACCAAAGAAGUUGAGUGCACGUGCUCAGCGUCAUAUCCAGAGGUUGUCUUUGGGAAAUAGACGUAUGAGUGCUGCCAGCAUUGCUGCAGAGGUUGAAGGGGUGGGGGGUCAGCCUGUCAGUGCUCAGACCAUACGUUGCACACUGCAUCAAAUUGGUCUGCAUGGCUGUCGUCCCAGAAGGAAGAUGAGCAUCUCUUCUAAAGAUGAUGCACAAGAAAUCCCGCAAACAGUUUGCUGAAGACAAGCAGACUAAGGACAUGGAUUACUGGAACCAUGUCCUGUGGUCUGAUGAGACCAAGAUAAACUUAUUUGGUUCAGAUGGUGUCAAGCGUGUGUGGCGGCAACCAGGUGAGGAGUACAAAGACAAGUGUGUCUUGCCUACAGUCAAGCAUGGUGGCGGGAGUGUCAUGGUCUGGGGCUGCAUGAGUGCUGCCGGCACUGGGGAGCUACAGUUCAUUGAGGGAACCAUGAAUGCCAACAUGUACUGUGACAUACUGAAGCAGAGCAUGAUCCCCUCCCUUCGGAGACUGGGCCGCAGGGCAGUAUUUCAAAAUGAUAACGACCCCAAACACACCUGCAAGACAACCAUUGCCUUGCUAAAGAAGCUGAGGGUAAAGGUGAUGGACUGGCCAAGCAUGUCUCCAGACCUAAACCCUAUUGAGCAUCUGUGGAGCAUCCUCAAACGGAAGGUGGAGGAGUGCAAGGUCUCUAACAUCCACCAGCUCCGUGAUGUCGUCAUGGAGGAGUGGAAGAGGACUCCAGUGGCAACCUGUGAAGCUCUGGUGAACUCCAUGCCCAAGAGGGUUAAGGCAGUGCUGGAAAAUGAUGGUGGCCACACAAAAUAUUGACAAUUUGGGCCCAAUUUUGACAUUUUCACUUAGGGGUGUACUCACUUUUGUUGCCAGCGGUUUAGACAUGAAUGGCUGUGUGUUGUGUUAUUUUGAGGGGACAGCAAAUUUACACUGUUAUACAAGCUGUACACUCACUACUUUACAUUGUAGCAAAGUGUCAUUUCUUCAGUGUUGUCACAUGAAAAGAUAUACUCAAAUAUUUACAAAAAUGUGAGGGGUGUCCUCACUUUUGUGAGAUACUGUAUAUAUAUAUAUAUAUAUAUAUAUAUAUAUAUAUAUAUAUAUAUAUAUAUAUAUAUAUAUAUAUAUAUAUAUAUAUAUAUAUAUAUAUAUAUAUAUAUAUAUAUACGCACACAGCUCAUAUACGCACGCAGCUCAAAUAUUGUGGUCCUCUGUAGCUCAGCUGGUAGAGCACGGCGCUUGUAACGCCAAGGUAGUGGGUUCGAUCCCCGGGACCACCCAUACACAAAAAUGUAUGCACGCACGACUGUAAGUCGCUUUGGAUAAAAGCGUCUGCUAAAUGGCAUAUUAUUUAUUAUUAUUAUUAUUAUUAUUAUUUUAUUAUUAUUAUUAUUAUUCGAAAAGUAUUCAGACCCCUUCACUUUUUCCACAUUUUACAGCCUUAUUCUAAAAUGGAUUAAAUAAAUAAAAAUCCUCUCAAUCUACACACAAUACCCCGUUUUGACAAAGCAAAAACAGAAAUACCUUAUACUUUUUGCUAUGAGACUCAGAUUCAGAUUCAGAUCAACUUGAUUAUCCCACCAGGGGGAAAUUAAUUUGGUCAUGUGCUUAAAAAGACAGUACAUAAAACAUGAAAACACAGAAACUACACAAUAUAAUUCAUUAAAAGUGCUAUAGCUACACAUUUAAAGUGAAGGUGCAAUAUGCUGUGUACUGGAGGGACCAACAGACUAUCUAUUAUACAGCCUAAUGGCUGUUGGAAUAAAACAGUCCCCAUAUCUAUCUGUUUUGAUUUUGUUUUGAAGAAGUCUCUUGCCCCUGCUGCUGUAACUGAGUUUUGAGUGAAGGGAUGAGUACUGUCCUGUUAAACGCUUUCAAGUUUUAGGAGGAUGAGUUUUGUGUACAGGUUGGUGGCUGAUUCUUGAUCUAUACCAAUUAUCGUUCCCGCCGUCUUAAUCAAGCGCUGAAGCUUGACUUGGUCUUACACUUGCAUGUUUCAAAACACGCAUAUGAGGCCAAAGGACAGCACACUCUGCAGGACAGAUUUAUAGAACAUUUGUAAGAUAUGGCGGUCGACAUUAAAAUGGUUCAGUUUGCAAAAGAAAAACGUUCUCUGCUGCAAUUUCUUUAUCUUUGCAAAGGCACAGUCAUUGAAUUUCAGUUAAUUGUCUAUUUCGAUUACCAGGUAUUUAUAUGUGGUCACUUUAUCGACUGAUUCCCCAUUGAUCUUCAUAGGGGGUAGUGGAGUUUUGUUCCUUCUGAAAUCAAUUUCCAUCUCUUUUGUUUUCUUAUCGUUUAUUUCAAGAAAGUUAUCUGCGCACCACUGGACAAACUUUGCCAUUUCUCUGUUAAAACCUUGAAGAGGCUUGGUCUGGGGGGAGGAAACCUACAACAGCGGUGUCAUCUGCAUAUUUAAAGAAUUUGUGGUCUGAGUCGGAGGCUUGAAAAUCGUUUGUGUACAGUGUGUACAGUAUCGGUGAAAGUGCGCAACCUUGAGGGGCUCCCGUAUUCACCGUUCUAGAUGUAGAGAUGGCGGAGUUCAACUUCACUUGAUGAGUAUGGUUCACAAGGAAACUAUUACUCCACUUGAUCAGUAGAGAGUUGACACCCAAAUUCACCAGCUUAUUCACCAGUAGGUGGGGUUGGGUGGUGUUAAAUGCACUACUGAAGUCAAAUAAUAUAAUUUUCACUAGGCUAUUUGCCUUUUGUAAAUGUUCAUAGAUAUUGUUCAGCAUGCCCAGUAACGCAUCAUCAACACGAAAGGUGAAUUGGUUUGGAUCUAAUUGGGAUGAGAGACGAGAGAGAAUUUGUUUUUGAAUUCUUUUUUCAAAACAUUUCAUAGGUACAGGUGUCAGGACUACAGGGCAUAAAUCUUUCUUUUCUUUUGGCCUGUUGUUUUUAGGUACUAGGAAAAUCAGCGACUUCUUCCAUAAGACUGGAAUCACCCCACUGUUCAGUGAUGGCUGGAACAGCUUCUGGAACGGUAAUGCGAGCUGGUCUGCGCAUGCCUGAAGUGCCAUGCUGCUGACGCCGUCUGGACGAUAUGAUUUUCGUGGGUUGACACGUUGAAAGUAUUGCUUGACGUCAUUUACAGAGAUCUGUAUAUCAACAGGUGGUAUGCUGUCUGUACUGUCCAAGGCCACUUUCUGCUACGAUGUAAAAUCACACAUGUCAAACCUACAAUAGAAACUGUUCAAAUAAUUUGCAAAAGCAAGGUCAUUUUCGAUGGUCAUACAAUGUCUCUUUGGUUUGUAGCCUGUGAUGGUUUGUAGCCCUUGCCAGGCUUUCCUACUGAACUUGUCCUUGAAAAGGUUUUCUAAUUUGUCUUUGUAUGCUGCCUUGCACUCCUUGAUUUUGCUUUUGAGUCGCCUCUGAAUAUUUUUCCUUUCCUCUUUACUGCCACCUGAUUUAAACACUAUUUUUUUCUGGUCGAGGAGCUCUUUUAAUUCCUGAGUUACACACGGUUUAUUAUUGGAGAAGAUGUUGACUUUCUUUUUGGGAAUAAUGAGAUCCUCACAGAAACGGAUGUACUCAGAGACAGUAUCCGCUGCCUCUUCCAGGUCAUAGGCACUGUCUGUCAGGGCCGCCCAGUCAGUGGACUCAGAACAGUCCUGGAGGACUUCACUAGCUUCAGGAGUCCAGCUGUUCAUCUCCACCUUUCUAGCCUUCUCUCACUGCAAACACAGUUUGUAGACUGGGAUGUGCUGAACCAUGUUAUGAUCCGAACCCCCAAGAUUGGGUAGUGCCUUGGAAAAAUAUGCACCUGGGAUGUUACCAUAACGGAGGUCAAGACCGGCUUCAUUUUGGGGAAGACAUGUAACAUAUUGCUGAUAUGAUGGUAAGUGUUCAGAUAGACUGCACAUGAUAACGUCUCCCAUAAUCAGCUUUCCUGCUUCAGGUGACUCUGUCUCAGCCUGGGAUAAAAGGUCAUGGAUCAAGUCGGUAGCUAUUUGGGUGUUGAAAUUGAGCUCAGGUGCAUCCUGUUUCCAUUGAUCAUCCUUGAGAUGUUUCUACAACUUGACUGGAGUCCACCUGGGGUAAAUUCAGUUGAUUUGACAUGAUUUAGAAAGGCACACACCUGUCUAUAUAAGGUGACACCGUUGACAGUGCAUGUCAGAGCAAAAACCAAGCCAUGAGGUCGAAGGAAUUGUCUGUCGAGCUCCGAGACAGGAUUGUGUCGAGGCACACAUCUGAGGAAGGGCAACAAAACAUUUCUGCAGCAUCCCCAACAACACAGUGGCCUCCAAUAAUCUUAAAUGGAAGAAGUUUGGAACCACCACGACUCUUCCUAGAGCUUGCCGCCUGGCCAAAUUGAGCAAUAUGUGGAGAAGGGCCUUGGUCAGGGAGGUGACCAAGAACCCGAUGGUAACUCUGACAGUGCUCCAGAGUUCCUCUGUGGAGAUGGGAGAAACUUCCAGAAGGACAACCAUCUCUACAGCACCCCACCAAUCAGUUCUUUAUGGUAGAGUGGCCAGAUGGACGUCACUCCUCAGUAAAAGGCACAUGACAGCCCGCUUGGAGUUUGCCAAAAGGCACCUAAAGGACUCUCAGACCAUGAGAAACAAGAUUAUCUGAUCCUUUGGCUUGAAUGCCAAGCGUCACGUCUGGAGGAAACCAGGCACAGCUCAUCACCUGGCCAAUACCAUCCCUACUAGUCAGGAUCGAGGGAAAGAUGAAUGGAGCAAAGUACAGAUAGAUCCUUGAUGAAAACCUGAUCCACAGCGCUCAGGACCUCAGACUGGGGCGAAGGUUCACCUUCCAACAGGACAAUGACCCUAAGCACACAGCCAAGACAACGCAGGAGUGGCUUCAGGACAAGUCUCUGAAUGUCCUUGAGUGACCCAGAAAAGCCCGGAAUAGAACCCGUUCAAACAUCUCUGGAGAGACCUGAAAAUAGCUGUGCAGCGACGCUCCCCAUCCAACCUGACAGAGCUUGAGAAGAUCUGCAGAGAAGAAUGUUAGAAAGUCCCCAAAUACAGGUGUUUCAAGUUUGUAGCGUCAUACCCAAGAAGACUCGAGGCUGCAAUCGCUGCCAAAGAUUUAGAACACCUACUCAUUCAAGGGUUUUUCUUUCUUUUUACUAUUUUCUACAUUGUAGAACAAUAGUGAAGACAUCAAAACUAUGAAAUAACACAUAUGGAAUCAUUUAGUAACCAAAAAAAUAUUUAAAUAAAUCCAAAUAUAUUUUAUAUUUGAGAUUCAAAUAGCCACCUUUUGCCUUGAUGACAGCUUUGUACAUGCUUGGCAUUCUGUCAACCAGCUUCAUGGGGUGCCUUCUUAAAAGUUAAUUUGUGGAAUUUAUUUCCUUCUUAAUGCGUAUGAGCCAAUCAGUUGUGUUGUGACAAGGUAGGGGUGGUAUACAGAAGAUAGCCCUAUUUGGUAAAAGACCAAGUCCAUAUUACGGCAAAAACAGCUCAAAUAAGCAAAGAGAAAAGACAGUCCAUUCUUACUUUAAGACAUGAAGGUCAGUCAAUCUGGAACAUUUCAAGAACUUGAAAGGAGGUGUUAUGGUGUGGGGGUGCUUUGCUGGUGACACUGUCUGUGAAUUAUUUAGAUUUCAAGGCACACUCAACCAGCAUGGCUACCACAGCAUUCUGCAGUGAUAUGCCAUCCCAUCUGGUUUGGGCUUAGUGGGACUAUCAUUUGUUUUUCAACAGGACAAUGACCCAACACACCUCCAGGCUGUGUAAGGGCUAUUUUACCAAGAAGGAGAGUGAAUGAGUGCUGCAUCAGAUGACCUGGCCUCCACAAUCGCCCGACCUCAACCAAAUUGAGUCGGACCGCAGAGUGAAGGAAAAGCAGCCAACAAGUGCUCAGCCUAUGUGGGAACUCCUUCAAGACUGUUGGAAAAGCAUUCCUGGUGAAGCUGGUUGAGAGAAUGCCAAGAGUGUGCAAAGCUGUCAUCAAGGCAAAGGGUGGCUAUUUGACGAAUCUCAAAUGUAACAAAUAUUUUGAUUUGUUUAACACUUUUAUGUGUUAUAAAUGUGUUAUUUCAUAGUUCUGAUGUCUUCACUAUUAUUCUAUAAUGUAGAAAAUAAUAAAAAUUAAGAAAAACCCUUGAAUGACAAGGUGUGUCCAAACCUUUGACUGGUACUGUAUACUGAACAAAAAUCUAAACGCAACAUGCAACAAUUUCAUUGAUUUUACAUUUAUAUUUACGUCAUUUAGCAGACGCUCUUAUCCAGAGCGACUUACAGUUAGUGAGUGCAUACAUUAUUUAUUUUUUAUUUUUCAUACUGGCCCCCCGUGGGAAUCGAACCCACAACCCUGGGUUGCUCUACCAACUGAGCUACAUCCCAUUUUACUGAGUUACAGUUCGUAUGAGGAAAUCAGUCAAUUAAAAUAAACUAAUUAGGCCCUAAUCUAUGGAUUUCAAAUGACUGGGUAUACAGAUAUGCAUCUGUUGCUCAAAGAUACCUUUAAAGAAAAAAUAGGACUCACAAUGGGACUCAGGAUCUCGUCAUGGUGUUUUUGUGCAUUGAAAUUGCCAUUGAUAAAAUGCAAUUGUGUUCAUUGUUCGUAGCUUAUGCCUGCCCAUACCAUAACCCCACCACAAUCAUGGGACACUCUGUUCACAACAUUGACAUCAGCAAACUGCUCGCCCACACAACGCCAUACACUGUAGUCGUGAGGCCAGUUGGAUGUACUGCCAAAAUUCUAAAAACCUGUUUUUGCUUUGUCAUUAUGGGGUAUUGUGUGUAGUUUAAGGAGGGGGACGAUUUCAUCAAUUUUAGAAUAAAGCUGUAACGUAAGAAAAUGUGGGAAAAGGGAAGGGGUCUGAAUACUUUCCAAAUGCACUGUGUGUAUGUAUAUAUAUGUGUGUGUGUAUAAGCUUUGAGGAUAAGGUCGGCUGCUCUAUUGAUAGUAACCAGGGUUCAAAGGUCAGGCUCAAGGGUUUGUAUGCUGGCUAUUGACGAAAGGGUAAAGCAAAACAUGGCAGGUCAGGACACACACCAUAUUGUACAGUAGAUACAGAAUAAUAGGAACAGACAUGUGUGUGGAGAUUGAUUAGAUUCUCUGCAGCAGCAGGUGUCUGAAUGUGUGUGACUGAGGAAAGACUAUUCCAAAAAAAUUAACUACAGAGAAAUUACUUUAAAUAGAGUUAAACAGUCCAAGUCCCACAGCCAAGUCUCUCAGGACUCACGCACAAAAUAUUCAUCUUCUCAAUAUGCCUCUCUCUCUCACACAGACUCUCGAAAGAUGUCCUUGCCAGACUUUUCAAAAAAUGAAAUAUCUCUGUCAAAACAUUUAUCUGCAGAAACAGUAUGCCUUUCAGAAACGAACAUGUACAUACUGUCAUGUACUCAUGUACACUCACGCAAACGUUCACGCACGCACGCACACACACACAAACACAAAGGUCGACACGAUUGCCCGUCACGCUGAGUCUUGACCCGUUAUACUUCCUGUCAUGGGACACCUGUUGCCAUGGUAGCAGUUAGUAAUGGGUGGUGUCUGAUGCUAGCACCCCUCGGUCAGAGGCUAAUGAGGCCAUUAGCGCUGCAUGCUAACAUGCUAACGACAUCUCACAAGCCUCCCAGACAGACACACACUGACACCUCCCACCCGGGCACUUCCUUUCUCAGAGAGAACCUAAAAACACUUUAAAAACAUGAAUGAUAUGUAUAUAUGAGUAUGUUCUGGACUCUGACAUUGCUCGUUCUGAUAUUAUAAUUUUUUUGUUUUUUGUUUUUUAUUGCUAGGUAAUAACAAGCAUUUUGCUGCACCUGUGAAAAAAUCAGAAACGGUACAUUCAGUGUGUGUAUGGUGGGGGUGUCGCAAAUGGCACACUGUUACCUAUAUAGUGUAGACCUACUAUAAAGGGCAUAGGGCAAGUCAUCAUAACCACUUCAUUGCUUGACGACUUUUGACGUAAAAAAUGAGUGCUGCGAAAAUGAGAAAAGUGGACUCUGAAUGUCGUGUGUCAGAGGAAUAAAUGCGAACUUUGAAAUAACAGAGGAACUUCUUUCGAUGGAAUCAAUGAUGGGAACAACCAGGGACUCUGACUUAUAUGACAGGGUGUCUGCCUGAUUGAAAAAAAAUGAAUCUAUCGUGGAGCAAACGGACAAAUGUCACAACAGAUGGAUCACCAAAUCUAAAAGUAUUUCGCCAUGUGUGGGAACUGAGUGGGGAGAUAGGUAUGUUCCUUGAUACGGUUGGUAAAGCUGACGACUUCUCCGAGUUGAAAGACAGACUGGAAGGGCGACUUUGCUUUCGGUGCAGACAUAUAGGGGCAUCUGAACGAUCUAAAUGUGAAACUGCAGGGAAAUUGUGUUUGAACUGUUUUCUAACGUGAAAGCAUUCAAGACCAAACAUAUGUUGUUCUCCAGACAAAUGAGCAGCCGGUCUCUUGCUCAUUUUCUGACACUGGCCGCACUGAACUGGCCCACAUCGCAGUGCUGCACUGAGACAUACAGUAGUACUUUGAUCGACCUGCAUGCUGAGUUUUCCCGCCGCUUCUCAGUCUUCACCAAGAUUGAGACUGAGCUGGAGCUUGUAUCAUGCCCCGUCUUUCGACAGUGAGAAAGCACCACCAGACACACAAUUGGAGCUAAUCGACAUCCAAUGUGACAGCGCUUUGAAGAAGUACAAAACAGCAACAAUAGACCAGUUCUAUGGCUCACUAAAUGAAACAAAGUUUCCAAACAUUAAAAGGCACACCCAAAGGAUGCUUGUUUUAUUCGGGUCCACAUGUGUGUGUGAACAAACGUUCUCAGUCAUGAAUUACAACAAAUCCUGUCACAGGUCAAAUUUAACAAAUUACCACUUGUCAGCUGUUCUGAGAAUCUCUACAUCAAAGAUGACACCAGACUUUGAUGCCCUUGCCAAGAGAGGUGACCAGACCCAUUGUUCACAUUAAGACUUGAAUAACGUGACUGGGGUAGGCAAGGAUUAUGCUUUUUCAUGGUGAUGGUUAUGCAGUGAGAAUUAUCCAGCAAUGCACUUGGAUACAGGUAAUAACUAAUCAGUCAGAUUUGGGCUGAGGUGAUUGGAUAACUGUAAAUACAGUGAGGGAAAAAACGUAUUUGAUCCCCUGCUGAUUUUGUACGUUUGCCCACUGACAAAGAAAUUAUCAGCAUAUAAUUUUAAUGGUAGGUUUAUUUGAACAGUGAGAGACAGAAUAACAACAAAAAAAUCCAGAAAAACGCAUGUCAAAAAUGUUAUAAAUUGAUUUGCAUUUUAAUGAGGGAAAUAAGUAUUUGACCCCCUCUCAAUCAGAAAGAUUUCUGGCUCCCAAGUGUCUUUUAUACAGGUAACGAGCUGAAAUUAGGAGCACACUCUUAAAGGGAGUGCUCCUAAUCUCAGCUUGUUACCUGUAUAAAAGACAACUGUCCACAGAAGCAAUCAAUCAAUCAGAUUCCAAACUCUCCACCAUGACCAAGACCAAAGAGCUCUCCAAGGAUGUCAGGGACAAGAUUGUAGACCUACACAAGGCUGGAAUGGGCUACAAGACCAUCGCCAAGCAGCUUGGUGAGAAGGUGACAACAGUUGGUGCGAUUAUUCGCAAAUGGAAGAAACACAAAAUAACUGUCAAUCUCCCUCGGCCUGGGGCUCCAUGCAAGAUCUCACCUCGUGGAGUUGCAAUGAUUAUGAGAACGGUGAGGAAUCAGCCCAGAACUACACGGGAGGAUAUUGUCAAUGAUCUCAAGGCAGCUGGGACCAUAGUCACCAAGAAAAUAAUUGGUAACACACUACGCCGUGAAGGACUGAAAUCCUGCAGCGCCCGCAAGGUCCCCCUGCUCAAGAAAGCACAUAUACAGGCCCGUCUGAAGUUUGCCAAUGAACAUCUGAAUGAUUCAGAGGAGAACUGGGUGAAAGUGUUGUGGUCAGAUGAGACCAAAAUCGAGCUCUUUGGCAUCAACUCAACUCACCGUGUUUGGAGGAGGAGGAAUGCUGCCUAUGACCCCAAGAACACCAUCCCCACCGUCAAACAUGGAGGUGGAAACAUUUUGUUUUGGGGGUGUUUUUCUGCUAAGGGGAAAGGACAACUUCACCGCAUCAAAGGGACGAUGGACGGGGCCAUGUACCGUCAAAUCUUGGGUGAGAACCUCCUUCUCUCAGCCAGGGCAUUGAACAUGGGUUGUGAAUGGGUAUUCCAGCAUGACAAUGACCCAAAACACACAGCCAAGGCAACAAAGGAGUGGCUCAAGAAGAAGCACAUUAAGGUCCUGGAGUGGCCUAGCCAGUCUCCAGACAUUAAUCCCAUAAAAAAUCUGUGGAGGGAGCUGAAGGUUCGAGUUGCCAAACGUCAGCCUCGAAACCUUAAUGACUUGGAGAAGAUCUGCAAAGAGGAGUGGGACAAAAUCCCUCCUGAGAUGUGUGCAAACCUGGUGGCCAACUACAAGAAACGUCUGACCUCUGAUUGCCAACAAGGGUUUUGCCACCUAGUACUAAGUAAUGUUUUGCAGAGGGGUCAAAUACUUAUUUCCCUCAUUAAAAUGCAAAUCAAUUUAUAACAUUUUUGACAUGCGUUUUUCUGGAUUUUGUUGUUGUUAUUCUGUCCCUCACUGUUCAAAUAAACCUACCAUUAAAAUGAUAGACUGAUCAUGUCUUUGUCAGUCGGCAAACGUACAAAAUCAGCAGGGGAUCAAAUACUUUUUUCCCUCACUGUAUGUCUCACAAUGGAGAUGAGAAUUGUUCCUUAAUAUGCUUUAAAAAACAGACCAUCCCAAAUGAAACGGAUGCUAUUACCAUAUGUUUCACUCAAAUUUUAGAAUAGUUUUUUUACACAUCUGCUGUUACAUUUUGCAUGUAUCAAGUCAUAUAAUAUACAGUUGAAGUCGGAAGUUUAUAUACACUUAGGUUGGAGUCAUUAAAACUUGUUUUUCAACCACUCCACAAAUUUCUUGUUAACAAACUAUAGUAAUUUUUCCCAACAAUUGUUUACAGACAGAUUAUUUCACUUAUAAUUCACUGUAUCACAAUUCCAGUUGGUCAGAAGUUUACAUACACUAAGUUGACUGUGCCUUUAAACAGCAUGGAAAAUUCCAGAAAAUGAUGUCAUGGCUUUAGAAGCUUCUGAUAGGCUAAUUGACAUAAUUUGAGUCAAUUGGAGGUGUACCUGUGGAUGUCUUUCAAGGCCUUCACAUUCAGUGCCACUUUGCUUGACAUCAUGGGAAAAUCAAAAGAAAUCAGCCAAGACCUCAGAAAAAAAAUGGUAGACCUCCACAAGUCUGGUUCAUCCUUGGGAGCAAUUUCCAAAUGCCUGAAGGUACCACGUUCAUCUGUACAAACAAUAGUACGCAAGUAUAAACACCAUGGGACCACGCAGCCGUCAUACCGCUCAGGAAGGAGACGCUUUCUGUCUCCUAGAGAAGAACGUACUUUAGUGCGAAAAGUGCAAAUCAAUCGCAGAACAACAGCAAAGGACCUUGUGAAGAUGCUGGAGGAAACAUGUACAAAAGUAUCUAUAACCACAGUAAAACGAGUCCUAUAUCGACAUAACCUGAAAGGAUGCUCAGCAAGGAAGAAGCCACUGCUCCAAAUACUAAUUGAGUGUAUGUAAACUUCCGACCCACUGGGAAUGUGAUGAAAUAAAUAAAAGCUGAAACAAAUCAUUCUCUCUAUUAUUAUUCUGACAUUUCACAUUCUUAAAAUAAUGUGGUGAUCCUAAAUGGCCUCAGACAGGGAAUUUUUACUAGGAUUAAAUGUCAGGAAUUGUGAAAAACUGAGUUCAAAUGUAUUUGGCUAAGGUGUAUGUAAACUUCUGACUUCAACUGUAUAUCUAUUUUUAAGUUUGCAUAUUGUGACUGUAAGUUUGAUUGUACUUUACAAGGGUAAAGAUGCAGGAUCUGUGUGUGUUUGACUGUGUCAAUCUGUCAAUUUUGUGAAAAUGUUGUGGAAAAUGUUUUCACAAAAAAUAAGGGGAGAGAUGGUACAAGGGUAGAAUUGUUCUGCAAGCUUUUGUACACCUACAGUACACAAGUAGUUGCGUGUCAAUGAGAAAAUGAAUAAAGGCUUCACAUGUUUUGUCACGCAUAUAGUAUGUGGCCCUUCACUUGGUUUCAAAAACUCAAUGUGGCCCUUGAGCCAAAAGGUUUGCCCAUAUAGGGUGUCAUUUGGGACACCUGGAGUGGAGAGAGUGAUUAUGGAGUGAUAUGAAGGUAUUGACCAGUCUGCAGCCAUGCAGCAGGUGAAGUGGUACUGGAGCUGUAAUGGUUUCAGCUAAACCAGUCUCUUCUCUUCUUUCCGCAGAGUGAAAAAGAGAUGGAUGAAAGAACUGCUACACCUUUAUUCUCUCAUCCAAUAAAAAACGGAAUCACAUGUUCAUUAAUGACCCAGAGGCAUGAGGACCAAUCGUCAGACUGAAUGGUGAUGUCAUACUAGUGACAGAGGCGGAAUUGUGACCACCAUGGAUUCUAUGGCAAAAUAUUAACAGUACUCUCACACUAACUCAUACUCUCUCUUUAUACAUCUCUCUCUCUCUCUCUCUCUCUCUCUCUGUAACACUCUUCACACUUGGAUAAAACAGAGACCAGUAACUCCUCUCUCCACUCAGAUAUAAGACCGCCUCCCCCCACUGUGAUGUCACAGAGUGGCUCCUCCUCUUCCAGCUCCUCUGGGGGCUGAGCCAAUCGGCUGGGGCUAUGGGUAGAAGGGUGGCUGAUCCGACCAAUCCAGUGCCUGCGCUGGGGGUGCCCCUGGCAGGGGGGCGAUGGGGGCCGCUGUGCAGCGUGGGGGUGCAGACCUCCCCUGGCCUUAGGACCCUCCCGUCAAUCAAACUCAACCAGCCAACCAGCACGCAGCACCCAGAGACAAGGUGGCGCAACAACCAUGUCACCACGGCAUUGACCAUGCCCUCAGAAACAGUUUUUUUGUGUGACUCGGGCAGCAGUGGCGGCAGAGGUGGAUUUGCCGUUUCCAAGGAGACGAGUCAGAAUGCGAUCAACAGUCUGACACAGGACGACAUGGGGUCAAAGGGGUCAGGGGGUGGGAUCUACUGUCAGAUCAAAGCCAUAAGGACUAAUCCCAGGGAGUCUGGUCACAGGCCUAGCGGGAAACGGACGUCUCGAUACACCAAUGGUAGUGUGGUCGCCCCUGAGGUGGUGGGCGGGGUAUGUACUGAGGGUGCUGAGGGGAACAAGCCAAUCAGAGAGAGGAGGAGGGUCCAGUCACUGAGAGGGGAAGAGUCUCGCCCUGUGCUGAGGUCAGGGAGUGUGUCUCAGUCUGUGAGCUCUCAUGCCACGCCUCCAAGGCCCUGUAGAAUGAUGACAUCAUCAUCGCCCCGCCUCUGUGGAACCUGUGGGCGUAGACAGUCCCAGGUCCCACCCACUUGCAUGGCAACUGCAUGCCGCAGGCGAGCGGCCAAUAAGUUCACAGAAAGCCAGACCCUCCCGAAUCCUCCCCGGAAACAGUCCGUACUCCCCAACCAGAACCGGAAAGACUCCCCUGUACUGAACACACACACACACACACCACCAACCCAACACAAAACUCUGAAGAACACUCAAACACAAACUCAGACAUUGCCCUCUCCACACACAACCCAAAAGACACACACGCUCACGAAAGAUUCACCUGUGCCCACAUGCUCCAACACUAAGGAUACACAACACACACAUACAGACCCAGAACCCAGGUUACCCAGGUUACAUCAGAAAGAAACACACACUCAGACAACAGACACACACUCACACACCACAGAGAAACACACAUCUACGCAAAACAAAUCCACAAAAAAUCCAUAUACUCCAGCUAUACAGCCUUUUCCAGACAAAAACACAGACAUGUCAUCUGACAACCAACACACACCACCAAACUCAUCUAUACAAGUCACCCCCAAGCCACCACCCCCAGUCCUCCUCACAGGCAAAAAAUCCUUGGCUACGGCCCCUCUCUCACCUAAAAACUCCCCCAACCCGCCCCACCCUGUCCAGGUGAACCCAAAACCAGCACACCCUGUACAUCAGACCCAACCCAAACAUACACCCCUCACCCCCUCCCUGCUCCCCAAAAUACCACCAGCACAGCCAAUCAAAAUAGAAGACUCCAAAACCCCUGCCCCAUCAAAAGAUGCAAAUGCUCUGCAUGCUCCCAAUGUGGCCCCACAUUGCAAUGGGGCACCAGGGGGUCUGGCAGGGGUGCAGUCAGGCGUCCAGGUGGGGGUUACAGGUGGGAUACAGGGGUGUGUGUCGGGGGGCCUCCACCGGCAUCUUCACAGCGUGGAGGAGAGUCUGCUCUCCAACCAGGAGAAGAUCAAAGUCCUCCUCAACGUUAUCCAAGACCUGGAGAAGAGCAAGGCCCUCAGCGAAGGGUGAGAAAGGGGGGGAGCAGGGAAGGAGGGGUGUGUGUGUGUGUGUAUGCGUGUGUGCGUGUGUGUGUGUGUGUGUGUGUGUGUGUGUGUGUGCGUGUGUGUGUGUGUGUGUGUGUGUGAGUGAGUGAGAGAAAGGGUGAAAGAGAGAGGAAGAGUUAAAGAGAAAGGGAGAGUGAAAGGGAGAGUGAGUGAGAGAGAGACUGAUUGAGUGUGCAAGAGAGGGAGAAAGGAUGGUGUGUGAGAAUGUAUGGGAGUACCACGGCAGGAUCUGUGUGUGUUUAACUCCAAUGUAAACUGACAUGCUUUCAACUUUGUAAUGAACUUUAAAUGUCAGGUCAUGGAAGUAUUGCAGGGGCUGUGAUGUACUGUAUGCAGUAAGUUAUUGCUGCAGUAUUACAGAGCACAGCAGAACAUCCAUAGGGAUAUGUGUGCAGAACUCCUUUCUAAACCCUGCUGUAUAAAAGUAAAUAUCAGUUCCUUCAUGUUGUAUUUCACUGCUCUGACUUUGUAUGCAUUCUAUCAUAUGGUCUAUAUAAUUACAGGCAGAACUCCUCCCUUAUGUCAUGGCUGCUCCCUCAGGCCUUAAGAUCAACAGAAGAUAUCUACCACUCCCUCUCUCAUUCUCUUUCCUUCUCCGCUUCAUUUGUCUCCUCUCUCUUUCCCUCCCUCCCUCAUCUCGUUCUCUUCGUUUCUAUUUCUAUCUUCUUUCUCUCACACAAAUCAAACACUCUCCCACUAUCUCAUUUUGGAAAUGGUUCAAUUUUCUACUUCUUCUUUGUCCCCAUUCUCCUUUCUCCUCAUUCACAUUGUUCUACUUGAAGAAUGCUAUUCAUCGCUUUUUACCUCCACCCAUCCCCCUCCCUAUCUCCCUCUUCAUCCCUCCAUCUUUAAUUACCACCCUCUUUCUUUCCUUCUCUCCUGAUAUGAAUCACUUCUUCCUCCAUAUAAUAUAGAGCUGACUUCUCCUCCGCUCCUCUCUCCCCUACCCUCUGUCCUUUCACUAUAUUCCACUCACCCUCUCUACCUCUGCUGUCAAUCAGUCCAUCACUCUCUCAUCUCUCUCAGUCUGUUCGGCUUUCUCUCUACCAUCACCUGUCUUCUCACCUCUCUGUCCCCCCUCUCCCUCUCACCCCUGAUCCCCUACAACAGACUGCACCCCCUCUCUUAUUUUCCCUCUCUCCUCUCUGCUCUUCUACCCACUCCUCAACUUUUUCUUUCUCAUCUCCUUCUCUCCACUCCUCCUUCCCUCCCUCCCGCCCUCUUCUCUCUGUCAGUUCCUCUUGGGUUGACAGCUCGCUAUAAUACCAAACUAAUCCCUCCCAGAUUAUCAUUGAAGACAGGCAAUUCAUGUUCCAGGGGCACAGCAAGACUCCCAACAACAGGAUAUACACUGUUCCUCUGUGGUGUCUGUGUGUGUGUGCGCGUGUGCAUGUGUGUGAGUGCGUGUGCAUGUGUGUGCGCGCGUGUGUGUGUGUGUGUGUUUGGCGCAGUGCUAAAGUUUUAGUGCUGUUUUUAAGUUUGUAUCUUGUGCUCCCUUUGUGUCUGUGUGUUCUGUGUGUGAAUGUGUGUCUGUCUGUUUGUUUGGUGUAGUACUAAUGAUGCUAUCCUGUGUUUUCCUCCUCAUCCUGAUGUGUGUGUUCUUCUUGUUGUUGUUGUGUUAGGCGCUGCUCUUACAGAACUGGACAGGAUAUCAACAACUGCCCCACCUGUCAGAAGACUGCCUGUAUCAUAUACAGGUAAAACACCUUCUUAAUACCACAUUCAUUAUAAUAAUAAUACCAUUUCACUUUGACUUCACUUCUUUUUAUAUAUCAAAAUCCCCAUAAUAUCUACAGGUACAGUUGACUAAUAUAAUCGUAUACACAACCCACACAACCCACACAACCCAGUGUACACCCGAACCACUAGCAGAUGGUUUCAGUUUCAAGUUUUAUUAGUUGUACGUACAGGAUACACUUUGGUAUAUAUCGUCCAACAAAAUGUAUUUUUGCAUCCCUACUGGAUUUGUGUCACACGCCACCGAGUCAUCGGAGUUCGUUCUGCAGACAUUGAAUGCUGCAGUAUGGGCUCUCAGCAUUGUACAGAUAUCUCCGUUCAUCCAGGCAGGCUCCUGAGUGGCGCAGUGGUCUAAGGCACUGCAUCGCAGUGCUAACUGUGCCACUAGAGAUCCUGGUUCGAAUCCAGGCUCUGUCGCAGCCGGCCGCGACCGGGAGACUCAUGGGCGGCGCACAAUUGGUCCAGGGUAGGGGAGGGAAUGGCCGGCAGGGAUGUAGCUCAGUUGAUAGAGCAUGGCGUUUGCAACGCCAGGGUUGUGGGUUCGAUUCCCACGGGGGGCCAGUAUAAAAAAAAUAUAUGUAUUCACUAACUGUAAGUCGCUCUGGAUAAGAGCGUCUGCUAAAUGACUAAAAUGUAAAUGUUAUUGUAGGUACAACAUCAUCAACACAUUUCUUAAAACCUCUUAAGGAUCUGACCCUUUUUUUUUCAAUUCACGCCUAAAAUUACAUACACAAAUCUAACUGUAGCUCAGGUCCUGAAGCAAGGUAUUGCAUAUUCUUGAUAUCAUUUGAAAGGAAACACUUUGAAGUUUGUGGAAAUGUGAAAUUGAUUUAGGAGAAUAUUACACAUUAGAUCUGGUAAAAGAUAAUACAAACAAAAAAACAUGUGUUUUCUAUAUAUUUAUUUGUUCCAUCAUCUUUGAAAUACAAGAGAAAGGCCAGACAGUGAUGUAGGAUUCUACAUGUAAUUUAGAUGUUGUCCACCAGAUGGCAGCAGUGUGUGUGCAACGUUUCAGACUGAUCCAGUGAAGAAUUACAUCACUACACAAUAUUUUGUAUCAAGUCUGCCAGGUGUUUUCCCAAAUGUGCCGAAUUGGUUUUCAAGUACAUAACUAUAGAGAACAUACAAAAAUUCUAUGGUAAUACAAAAUGUAAGUUCGCACACUCCCAGGUUUGUCAUAAAUGAUGGAUCAUUAGCUUCCCUACAGAAAAGACGCUAACCUUCACACAUCUAGAUGGCCGGGCGGGGUGGGUGUGGAGUCAGAGGUCGAACUGUAGAACCCAGUUCCUACAUUUGAAUAUAAGAAAUGUUUCAAACAAGAUUAACAAGAAUUUAAGCUUUUUGCCCAUAUAAGAUGUCUAUGUCCCAGAAAAUUGUUUACAACACAAUUCUAGUCACAUAUCGCAUAUUGAGCAACAACCGUCUCGUAUAAGGGACACCGAUCCCGUAGAGGUUAAUGGAGCCGGUGACUGACGAUGUAUUGUAUAUUCCUCAAUGUUGAUGGAUGAGUCCUAGAUGGAUGAAUCUUUGCACAUAUUCCAAAUAGUAUUCUCAAAACAAUCCUGCAGCAUCAAGUCUGCCUCCUCUGUCCAGCGCCUCACUAUUCUCUGUGUUGGUGGCUCCCUCUUGAGUUGCUGCUUGUAGGCAGGGAGUAGGAACAGAGAGACAUGAUCUGAUUGGCCGAAAUAGUGGCGGGGUAUGGCUGAGUUUGAUGAGUGCCGCCUUGGUGUUUGCUUGUGGAGGUAUGUACACAGCUGUGAUAAUAACCCACGUGAAUUCCCUUGGCAUAUACUGGGGUCGGCAUUUUAGCAUCAAAAACUCCAGUUCUGAUUAACAGGAUUUCGCAACGUUUUCAACUUCGGUACACCAGGAAUUCUUUAUGAGGAAACAUACCCCUCCCUUCCGACUCUUACCAGAAGCCGCCGUUUAAGCCUUAUCCAUUCGGAAUAUGGAGAAGCUAUCAGGUUAAAUAGCAGAGUCGAGUGAAUUGUCUGUAAGCCACAGAUCAGUAAAAACAAAGACACAGCAUUCCCUGAUGUUCCUCUGCGAUUGAAGCAUAGCUCUAAGUUCAAAGUAAAACAAAAAUCCAGCAAUUGGACAUUAGCCACCAGGAUACAAGGAAGAGGAGGCUGUGUAGCCCGUCUUUUCAGCCUAGCUUGGAGUCCCUUUCCUUCAUCUUCUUCAUUACCGGCAUUGCGUAAGGUCAUCUCGGCCAGGAGAAAUAAGUAAGCAUGUAAAUUUGAGUAGGAACCGGCACUGCCAACAGGUAAAUGUCCUCAUGACGUAAUCUACAGGAACAACAAGACAUUCUCCUAGUCAGAUACUGCCCUGUACAAACGCCCUACAAAGUAUCCAACAGCAACAUAAGCAUUCUCCACCUCCCUCUCCAUACUCUGUAUGGAUGUGACCUAAAUUAGUGAUUAAAGAUAGAAUCCUUAGUUGCUACAUCCAUUUUUGGACUUAUAAAUGAAUGAUAAACAUUGAUUAUUAAAGAAUAUAACUUAUAAAUGCCUCGUGAGCUUAGUUUAACUGUUGUACCCAAUCAGAACCCAAAAUAUAAGGGAAAGGUGGAUACCUAGUCAGUUGUACAACUGAAUGCAUUCAACUGAAAUGUGUCUUCCACGUUUAACCCAACCCCUCUGAAUCAGAGAGGUGUGGGGUGCUGCUUUAAUAAGCUUGUUUUACUCAAUGUUUGUAAGCAACGUAAAUGUAUCAAACACUGUACAACCUCAAAACAUGGUUAAAAUUAUCAUUUUCAUAUAAUGGAUGGUCUUUCCUUGCAUCCAUAGCUCUGUCUAUGCAUUUGAGAGUGAUUACAUUUCUCCAGGCCCAUCCCUCAGCUUUUUACCCAAACAGAGGUGGGGGUGAUCACUUUGUUAUUGUUUCAAUUAAGGACUCAAACUUUAACCAAAUCAGAGCUCCUCCCCAGACCCUAGCCAAUCCUGUUUUAUCAUAUCAUACCAGUCAGGACAUGCAGCUCUUUGCUAGCUCGCUAUCAGCCCACCAGAUCCCCUCCUCCUCUCCUCUGUAACCAGGAACAGCAUUAGCUACAGCAGGAAUAAAAUUAAUCAGGAAUAAUUAGGACCGGAGGGAAGGGUGGCAGAGAUACCGGCCCCCCAGGGCCACUGAAAGCAGCUCAGGGCCACAGAAAGCAGCUCAGGGCCACACACACAAUCACACUCACAUACUGUACACACAUGGAAACGAACAUACCGUUAAUCUAAACAGAAGAGAAGGAUCAUUACAGUCAUUCACACACUUUACAGUCAUUCUGAGGCCAUUGGGAGACGGCAAUCAUUAUUUUGUGGAUAUGAAACACACAAACAUACACACGCAUGUCAUUUGUUUGUUGGGACAGUAAUGGUGUUAUCACACACUCAGCGGGACACAGAGGAGAUGGAGGGAUGAGUGUGUAGAAGAGAGAGUGAAAAAGAGGAGAGAGCGUGGGAUGGAGGCUUCCCUCUUCAUGAUUUAAGCUGGAAAACGACAGUUUGAUGUUUCUUGCCUGCAGAUGUUUUGUAUUGUCAAAUCUAAUUAAUCUGUGUGACAGAGAAACAGAGAAAGGCAAGUUCUGACAGAAAAAAAAAAAUCUGCAUGCCGUGGGAAUCAAUUAAGAGGAGCAGCUUUGCCAACUCAGGAGUAAUCCCCUAAACAAUAGAGGGAACGAGAGAGAGAGAAGAGAGAGAAAAACUGAGGAAAGAGAGCAGAGAGAGAGAGAGAGAGAGACGAGAGAGAGAGAGAAGAGAGAAGAGAGAGAGAGACGAGAAGAGAGAGAGAGAGAGCAGAUGAGAGAGAGAGAGAGAGAUUGAUAGAGGGACAGUAGAAGGAGAUGCUAGAUAUAUCAGGAGAUAGCUCAGUAUCGAGAGUACGAUAUAGAGAGGAGAUCCUGCGGAGAUCUCGACUCUCGCCUCAAUCCUGUGCUAGGGGCUUCUCGGGCUGAGCUCUCUUCUUUUGUCUCUUGUUUACCUCUGUACCCUGUAUAACAUGCCUAGUUCUUUAAAACACCCUAAAAGCACAUACUGCACAGCAAGGAAAGUGUAGGCCAGGUUCAACACUUAUUUCUUUACAUUUGUGUGUGUAUGCGUGCAUGUGUGGUUUCAGUGGUAGCACUCCUCUCCCGUGCUUUAUCAUUUAUUCAUAUUUAUUCUCUCCCCUGCGUCUGCAUCUGUGCUUUUACCUCUCUUUCAUGUUUUCCGGUCUCUUUAUUUCUCCUCUUUUCCGGGACAUUCUAACCUUCCUCACCUCUUCCUCUCCCUCGUAUGGCUCUCUUUCUGUUUACUCCCCCUCUUUCCUCUUUCUCUGUAUCUUUUUUUUCUCAACUCAUCAUUUGAACCACCCUUUCUACCCCUCUAUUACUCAUCAAACCCUCUUAUCUUCACCCUUCUCCUCUCUCUCUCUCCAGCUGUUUCUCCUUUAGAGGUCCCUUUGUAUUCUAUCAGACUCCUCUCUUCCCACUCACUGUUGUGUCAUUUGAGAGGUUUCAUUUGUCAGGAGAGAGCAAAUACGAUGACUGAGUGGGCAUAGGAUUUUGAAUGGGAAUAUAUUUUUGGUCCCCACAAGGAUAGUAAAACAAACAUGGGUGUGUGUGUGUGAGUGUGUGCAAGCGCAUGUCAUCUAUCCUCAUGUCCUUCCUUCAUCAUCAUAAGCCUGAUUAACUCCAGAUGCUUAAUCCCUAUGCAACCCAUCUCAUCACACACGUUUGUUUUACUAUUGUUGUGGGUACCAAACAAUUGAUUCCCAUUCAAAAUCAGAUUUUCCCUAACCCCUAACCCUAAACCUAACUUUAAAGAAAGAGAGAAAGAGAGAAAGGGAGAGAGAGAUGAGGUAAGGGGAGGGAGUUCUUUGAAAAAGAAAGACAUUUUUCCCUCAGCUCUCUCUUUUAGUUCCAGCACUUUAGGAUGACUCUCUACUUCUCUCUCCUUUGCUCUCUCUUUCUCUCUCCUCCCACUCCUCUCAUCUCUCCAGCCUGUGAUAUAGUGGUGCAUGAAGCGCAAGAAUGCUUUGAAUGUGAAAUUAUUUCAGUAUGUGUGUGUGUGUCUGAUUGGGUGCAUAGGUAUGCACUUGCAUGAGUACAUGUGUUUUCUAUGUGCCUGUGUUAUUGUGCGCACUUAAUUGCAUUUAUAUCAAAACCAUUUGCAUAAGUACAAGCAAUUUAUGUGUGAGUACGUGUCUAACUUUCUCAACCUCUCUCCCCCUCUUUCUCAACUUCUCUCCCACUCUCCCUCUCUCACUCCCCCUAUUUCACCUUCUCUCCCACCCUCUCGCUCCCUCUCUUUCGACCUCUUUCUCCCUCUCUCUCUCUCACCUUCUCUCUCACCCUCCCCACUCUCUCACCCUCCUCUCACACCCUCUAUCCCCCCGCACUCUCUCCCCCCUUUCUUUCUCCCCAGUGUGGAGCAUGACUUCAGGCAGCAGGAGGGGAGGUUCCAGCCAGUGUUGGAGACUCUAGAUGGGGAUUACGAUGUCCCCCUCCCUGUCCCCAAACCUCCCCCCUCCCGCCCCAGCGCCAAGGCCCGUGUCAAGAAGCUACGCAAGAAGUGCUUCUGGUGGCUGUAG